AGUAAACCAGUAACCACGUCUUUCUAGAGUACUAACCUUUGCUUGAAACGUGUCAAAAUUUUAAGUCGAUCGGACUAGAAACAGCUGAGUUAUCGAGGUUAGAGUAAAGUCGUUUUGUAGUUUGUUUAAAAAAUGGAAAAAACCGAGUUUCGUGUUCUGAUAAAACAUUGUUUUUUAAUGGGUAAAAACACCGUGCAAGCAAAACAAUGGAUUGAAAAAUGUUACCCGGACUCUUGUCCAUCAAAAGCAACGAUUUGUCGGUGGUUUGCCGAGUUUAAACGUGGUCGUACCGACACAAAUGACGCGGAACGCUCGGGUAGACCUGUGGAAGCUGUGACACCGGAAAAUGUGAGUGAAGUGAUAAAAAUUGUAAUGAAAGAUCGUAAAGUGAAGCUCCGUGAGAUUGCUGAGAUGACACAGAUAUCAUAUGGAAGUGUAUUUACUAUCCUUCAUGAAAAAUUGAGCAUGAAAAAGGUUCACCCUAAAAGAGAUAAGAACAGGAAAGGGAAGAGGAGAAAAAAAACACUGCGAUAUGAUGAAAACCCAUAAAAGUAGAAAAGAUCAAAAGAAGGAAGAGGAGAAGAAGAAAUAAAAUGACUUGUAUGUGAGUGUACGUUAACGUAUGCUAGAGCCGGUUUUUCUGAACAACCUCGCGUACGUGACGAAGUUGAACGUUCUGGCUGAAGUUCAUUAGUUAUUUUUUGAACUUCCAUCUCGGCUCGAUAAAGAACGGAGCAAAAGUUCAUUUCUCACGGCCGAUCGAUCGUCUCAUUUUAUCGAGAACGUCCAGACAAGGCAUGAUCGAAUAACGUCGCCAAUAUCAGACUUUGUAGGAAGUUGCAUUCUUUGUUUUGCAACACUUGCCUUGGUAUCCCGAACAAACUCGCCGAGUGUGGCUCAAUCCAUUUUUAGAAAUAACAUGCUGAACUAAGCCGCUUGUAUAAAAAA